AUGAACACUUUAGUUGAAGCAUACAUAAACUUAAUAUCUUUAUCUAGCGAUGAAUCAAGUAUGGACAGCUUCCAAAGCAACGAUGAUGGUAGUGAUACGGAAGACUAUGAUUAUCAAUUGGAACUUGAUGCUAAGCAAGAAUUGGAUAAAGAUGGAAAUGAUUGGGAAAGCGAAUCUAAUUAUGAGCCUGAAUCGAAAAAAGUUCGCGUUACUCAGGAAGAAAAUGUCGACGAUGGGGAAUAUUCAGGUGCUUCUCUUAAUCAGCAGUUCAGUCGUCAUAUUAUUGAUGGUAAGGAGAUGUUUACAAUUCUAAUUGUUUCAUUGAGUUUUUAA